AUGCAGGUGGUGAGACGGGUGCAGGACGGAGUUGGCGUGGCAAUUGGCUUCUGCGACGCAGUGACGGGGCGUCCGCUCUCCACGAUACUACCAAAGGAGUUCGCGCCGGUACUACAGACAGUGACUGGCCAAGGCCCCUCUACAUAUGUGUCGAGCCGUGGCUUUCGACCAUCAGCGUCCCGUGCCUCAUCGUGGCACGUCGCGCCGCCCUCGCCCCCGACGACCGACCUCAAGGCCCCGAAGCCUCCGCCCGAGCAGCUGCGCGCCGUGAUGCGUCUUCUAUCUCAAUCCGUCGUCGUGUGCACGUCGGCCGGCCACGACAAGAUCCCGCGCGCCAUGACCAUGUCGUCAUUUACGUCGCUCACGCUCAAGCCCACGCCCGUCAUCACGUUCAAUGUCGCGACGCCGAGCCGCACGCUCGACUCGAUACAGGCCAGCCGCAGCUUCAACAUCCACGUGCUUUCAGGCGACUCGAGCGGCGCGGCCGUGGCGGACCAUUUCACGCGCGGCAACGAGGGAGCCGAUGUGUUUGCAGGGCUGGAGGACGUGGUGCUGGAGCAGAGCGCAGAGGAUAGCACGGCGCUCGCGCCGCCGCCGCCGCUGCUGCGCGGCAAGGGCGUGGUGCAUGUGCUGCGGUGCAGGCUGCUCGAGGAUGAGCCGGUGAGGGGCCUCAUCAGGGUGCGGGAUCAUAUGAUUGUGGUGGCCGAGGUGGUGGAGAUGAUACCCGGUGUGGAAAGCAACGAGUUUGGGCUGGCAUACGCGGACCGCAAGUAUAGGCAGGUGGGGAGCGUCAUUUCCAAUGAGUGA